AUGGAGGACGACGACUAUGGAUGCGAUCUCGCGGAUGAGGACCUGAUGCUGGCACUGGAUCAUCCUGCACCUGAAAGGGUACCGCCAGUGUUGAGCUCGGCUAGAUCCAUGCAGACAAAGGCUACUUCCCUAGUAGCCCAGAGCCGUCGAACCCCCAAAACCAAUGCUACACGGCCAGCUUCUCGAACGAUUGACUUGGAUGAACUGCCGUCCGAUGCAUUUGACAGCUCGCCAGCACCACGGCCGGCAACCGUGAACAAUCUACCUCGGUCUACUAGUGGCACUUUGAGAUCAGGGACGCAGCAGGCCUUCCGUCAAACCACGCUCUGGGGACAGACUAUCAGAGAUGAGGAGCCGACCCCAUCACAGCUCAAUAGCAACAGGGUCUUUCGAGCCGACCUGCCACCGGAAGCGCCCUCGCACCAUGCUCUUGAUCACGAAGCCUUGAAGACCUGGGUCUACCCAACUAAUCUUGGCCCAACACGAGACUACCAGUUCAGCAUCGUCAAAAAUGGGUUGUUCAACAACACUCUGGUCGCACUGCCCACAGGUCUAGGAAAGACCUUCAUCGCAGCCACGAUAAUGCUGAAUUACUACCGCUGGACGAAGGACGCAAAGAUUGUUUUCGUAGCGCCUACCAAGCCGCUUGCUGCCCAGCAAGUCGAGGCUUGCUUGAACGUUGCGGGUAUUCCCAGAUCGCAGGCGACGUUGCUCACCGGAGAAACGGCACCCGCCCUGCGCGAAGACGAAUGGGCGAGCCGGAGAUUGUUCUUUAUGACCCCGCAGACACUUCAGAACGACCUGGGACGAGGAUAUGCGGACCCAAAGUCUAUCGUGCUUCUCGUCAUCGACGAAGCUCAUCGCGCAACGGGCGAUUACGCCUACGUCAAAGUGAUAGAGUUCAUCCGAAGAUUCUCGAAAAGCUUCCGCGUGCUCGCCCUGACUGCCACACCCGGAUCAACGGUCGAGGGAGUCCAGGAUAUCAUUGACAAUCUUGGCAUUUCCCAUGUGGAGAUUCGGACCGAGGAGUCCAUCGACAUCCGUCAAUACGUCCACUCGCGGCAGUUAGAGCGUGUCGUUCUGGAGCCAUCGGAUGAUAUACUUCACAUCCGCGACCUCUUUUCAAAAGCACUGAAGCCAAUCGUGGACAAGCUCAGCCAGCAGAACAUCUACUGGGGUCGUGAUCCUAUGGCCAUGACCACGUACGGUCUUAUGAAGACCCGUGCCGACUGGAUGAACCGAGCUGGUAGGAACAUGAAUCAGGGCAUGAAGUUCAUGAUCAUGUCGAUCUUCGCCAUACUCCAGAGCCUGGCGCACUCCAUCAAGCUCCUGAAUUUCCACGGCAUCAAACCCUUUUUCGACAACCUCGUUGAAUUCAGGAGCUCCACAGAAGAGAAAGGCGAGAAAGGUUCGAAAUACAAACGCCAGCUGAUCAAGGACCCCAACUUCCAAGAGAUGAUGGACACUGUCGAGAAAUGGCUGCGUAUCGACGGGUUCGUCAGCCACCCGAAAGUCACGUAUCUCUGUGACCACCUCCUGAACCACUUCAUGGACGCCGGCGAAGGGUCAAACACCAGGGCGAUUGUCUUCAGCGAGUUUCGAGACAGCGCAGAAGAGAUCGUCAAGACAUUAAAUAAGCACAAACCUCUCAUCAGUGCGUCGAUCUUCGUUGGUCAGGCGGAUUCGAAACGCAGCGAAGGUAUGAAACAGAAGCAACAGAUCGAGACUAUUGAAAGGUUCCGUAACGGGAGCUUCAAUGUCCUUGUCGCAACUUCCAUCGGUGAAGAGGGUCUCGACAUUGGACAGGUCGACCUCAUCGUCUGCUACGAUGCUUCGGCAUCUCCGAUCCGUAUGCUGCAGCGCAUGGGCCGUACGGGAAGAAAACGGGCAGGCAACAUCAUCUUACUGCUGAUGAAAGGAAAAGAGGAGGACAAGUUUGCAGAGGCACAGGACAACUACGCUCAAAUGCAAAAAUACAUCUCGGACGGCAGUCGAUUUACCUUCCGCCAUGAUCUGUCCUCAAGGAUCGUGCCUAGGGACGCACGGCCGGAGGUCGAUCAGAGGUUUGUCGAGAUUCCGAUCGAGAACACGCAGACUUCAGAAUUACCGGAGCCGAGGAGAUCCGGCGCGCGAGCAAAGAAGAAAAAGGCGUCGGCAAAGAAGUUCCACAUGCCGGAUGGGGUAGAGACGGGAUUCAUGAAGGCUUCCAGUUUCGGCCGUCCUGCUCCUGCUGCUGCUGCUGCUGCUGCUGCUGCUGCUGCUGCUGCUCGCGCUGCAAGAGCCAAAACCCCCGAGCCGGUUGAGACCGACUUUAUCGUCGACAAGCCAGCGCUGUCGUCGGUGUUGCUCGACAGUGUGCAGACAGACGCGCUCAACAGACUCUACAGAGACCUCCCCUUCAGGUCCUCUGAUCACGAAGAGAUUGGGCCCCCUAACAUGGCGGCACACCCAAAGAUGCAACGCACACUGAGAGCGACGGUGAAAUUGAAGCAUGGAGCGUACACGCGACGAUGCGUCAAGUUGUUCAAACUGCUCGGAGCGCCGCAUGCUCUCUCGCCACGGUACUCCCGGACGCCGGUCAAGGAAGACGCAAGCGGGUACAGAGCACUACCUGUACCUCGAUUUGCGGAUGCGUCAGAUGAUCCUUCCGAUAACGGGGGUGAUCAUUCCGCAGAGCCGACGUCUUCUUCCAGAAAGAGACGCAGGACAUACUCCAUCUCACCAUCAAGAGAUGGGCACUCAGAAGACGAGGACGAGGAUCACGAAGGUACGAUAGUACCCACAACCACCACCGCGAAACCAGCAAAGGCAAGAGGCCGGCCCAAGCAAACCAGGCCCAAACAACGACCCGCUCAAAAACGCGUCCGCAACCCCUUCAUCGAAGGCGACGACGACGAUGACGACGACGACGACGACGAAGAAGAAGAAGAAGAAGAGGACGAAGACGAAGCCAGCGACAACCCAGCCGCAACACCCGACCUACCCGCCCCCCGCGGCCGCGGCCGACCUCGCGGGGCCACCAACAGAGGCGGCGCGAUCACCAGAGGCAGAGGCAGAGGCAGGGGCAGGGGCAGGGGUCGAGGGCGCGGCGGCCGCGGCGGCGGCCGGUCCGCCGCAGACGACUUCGAGGAGCGCGCGGGCGACGACUGCAUGCGCACGAGCGACAACUACGAGAGCGACGGCUCCGACAGCGGCGCCGACCUGCUCGACUUCAUCGCCGACGACAGCGCGAGCGUCGAGAUGAUGAUGACCAGCAGCCGCAUCGCCACGUCGCCGCCGCCCUCCUCUUCCCUGCCGUCGCUGCCUAGUAAUCGCCACCAUCAUCCACAUCCGAGGAAGAAGGCUAAAGUGGGCGCGGGUUCGGCGGUGGUGGAUGAGGAAGAGGAGGAGGAGGAGGAGGGUAGGUACUACGUGCCUCUGCGCCUUACGCAGACGCAGGAGAGCGACGAUGACAUGCCCGACAUCAGCGAGCUUGUCGGGAGGACGAGCAGUAAUCGGGCCGCUCAGACUGACGAAGAGGAAGAGGAGGUCCGCGCUCGACCGGGGAGGCAAAAGAGGCGAACUGCUGUACUCUCCGAUUCCGAUAGUGAUUAA